UUCCCGAAAAGCGUCCUCGAAGAAAGGCGAGCUGCUAGCUUGAAACUGCUUGAAGCACUUGACGCCUAUGAGAAGGUCGAACAUGGGGAGGACUCAGAGAUAACAGUNCCUGUACCUCGACGCGGAAAGAAAGGCAAUGAUAUCCUUGGACCUCAGAACCCAGACCGCAUGCGUCAAGAGCCCGAUACUGUGUGUCCUCCAGAGACCGACCAUGGCAAGAUGCCCAACAUGAAGUGGUUCGUGACAUUCUGGUACCUGGUCCGUCGUCUAGCUAACCUCGACAAGNNGUCCUUCACAGACUCACACGUACGUCUCGAAGAAGGAGGAUGGGCUAGAGAAACAACCGUCCGAGAAUUGCCGACCUCCAAAGAGCUAGCAGGCGUAAACAUGCGCCUUGGCCCUGGCGUCUACCGCGAAUUGCACUGGCACAACGAAUCAGAGUGGGCAUAUAUCAUCAAGGGUCAAUGCCGUAUCAGCGUCCUCGAUCUCGAAGGCGGCUCCUACAUCGACGACUUGGAAGAAGGCGAUCUCUGGUACUUCCCCACCGGCUUCCCUCACGGUAUCCAAGGCACCGGCAAAGAAGGCGUAGAGUUCCUUCUCAUCUUCGACGAUGGCAACUUCUCCGAGGACAGCACGUUCUUGCUAACAGACUACAUUGCCCGAACUCCCAAGUCGAUUUUAGCUAAAAACUUCCGAGUGGACGAAGCAGUCUUCGACUCGCUGUCCGAAAAGGAGAAGUACAUCUUCCAAGGCACAAUCCCCGGCUCUCUAGCAGACGACCGUAANAAGGUCGGUACACCAUCCAAGCACCGCUUUACCCACCGCAUGCUCGCCCAAACACCCAAGAAGUUUCCAGGCGGUGAGGUACGCAUAACAGACACUUCCAACUUCCCCAUCUCCAAGACCACCGCCGCAGCACAUGUAAUCAUCAACCCAGGCUGCCUACGAGAAAUGCACUGGCACCCCAACGCAGACGAAUGGUCUUUUUUCCUACGCGGCCACGCCCGCAUAACCAUCUUCGCCGCCUCAGGCAACGCACGAACAUUCAACUACACAGCCGGCGACGUAGGCAUAGUCCCCAAGAACAACGCCCACUAUGUCGAAAACAUCGGCACUGAGCCAGUAGAGAUGUUGGAGAUGUUUCGCGCAGACAAGUUUGAGGAUUUCAGUACUGAGCAGUGGUUGGCGCAGACGCCUGCUACCACUGUAGCUGAGCAUUUGAAUUUGAGUGGAGGGAAUAGAGAAAGGUUUCUUGAGAGCUUGAGUAGGGACAAGAGUGCUGUCAAGGCACCGGUGAGGAAGACGAGGUCGAUGAGUGAUAUGCACAAGGCGUUGGAGGAACUGUUGUAA